AUCCUUGAUCCAGGCGUCUCCUUUUCGCUGGUCUUGCUUGUGUUCCCCGAGUUUGCUUAUGCAGCAGGCAAAGUUGUCGCUAACUCUACCUUGCUGCAAUCUUCUGUUCAUCAAAUUGUUCUCCGCAAGGAUGUCAACGGCCUCCCUAAUCUUGCGCUUCCUUGUGUUGUCCCCGUAUGGAGCUCUUCUUUCUAUUGCCUUCCAAUUGAUCUCGUGUCGAGUCUGCGCGAUGUGUUCCGCUAUUCUGAUUGCAGGCGCCGCCAUGUAUCAAGUCCACCGUUGGAUGCUAGGCAUCAUGACAACUACGAUGCAGACGACUUCGGACUAGGUGCGUUCUACAUGGUCUCCCUGAAAAUAAGACCAAGUUGCGACAACGAGGACAACCCACUUCUGCCCGUUUAG